AUGAAUCCAGACGAAAAUGCUCACGAUCCUGACCGCGGCGGCCUGGGCAUCCCUACAUCUCGCAGGAUGAACGUUGCGCUGAUGCUGCGGUGGGUUUGGCGGAUCUUGAGGGGAGAUGGGGGUCUCUGGCUUCAGCUGUUGGAGGCCAAGUACUUGCAGGGUCAACCCCUCUUGGCUUGCUCUCUCUCGGUCGGGUCCGAGUUCUGGAAGUCGAUUCAGGCCAUUGAAGGAGAGAUCAGGCUCGGUUUGCGUUUCUCGAUUGGCAAUGGGUCUGGGACCCAGUUUUGGUUAGACCCUUGGUUUGAGGAUGAGCCUCUUCGAUUGCGGUUCCCGAGGCUCUUUGCGAUUUGUGUCGACCCGACCAUCCUUGUUUAG